AUGGAGAGAAAAAGAGCCACAACGAAGAGGCGCUCAACGACUUCUCCGUUGCCAGAAUCCCUAACGGAGGAAAGUUCACGGCGAGGUUGCCUGGUUCGCCUUUCACGUGCUACAAGUGAAGUUCGUUCAGACAGCUCAGUAAACGGCCUGUUUAGUUAUGAUGAUAGUGGUAGUCUGGUCCACUUUUCUUUGAGUGAAAUCGCAGGCGUCGAAAACGGCUCAGCGCAUACUGGAGACAAAUAUGAGCACCUGCUGUCUUUGAACCCGAACUCACGGACAUCUAGUGGGCCUUCACGAAGGUUCUACGAUUUCCAACGUGACCUGUAUGAUGAGACCAGCACAUCGAUCUCCACAAUGGAUUCAAGCUCACCACCCCGGGUUUCCUCUUCCCGAAACGGUACACGACGCCUCAAGAUGAAUCCAAAUUCUCCACAAAAGAAAAAACUGAACUCGACGGCGAUUGCGCCGGGGGUUAUGACCUUUCCGCAAUCCACGCAACACGUCUUUCAUUUCGACCCACGCGGGAAUGUGCUCGAGCACAUUCGUAGGUGCGAAUGGAAACUGCACCACACUAUGGGAGCGAGUACAGGAACUUUUAGGUACAACCAUCGGCUGAAUUAUCCUAUAGAGGAUCUGUCUUCAGUACCUCGUCAGGGUGAGGAAGAGAAAAGUGUCAACACUAUGACGCCACCCGUUAGCCCCGUUGGUGGCCGCUCUUCUUUUAUGGCUAACUCUAGUAGAGAUUCAUUAUCGCAGCGCCGCAGUGCUAACUUUUCCGAUUUAGUGGAGUUUGCAGGAGAUCAAAAAGACAAUAUUUGCAACCCUAGCUUCACAGAAUCUAUCUUUACCUCCUGCUUUGAUGCGAAGGAAGAGUUUUUGCCUAACAGUGAUAGUAUCCCGAGAAGGGGCUUUAGUGAGCCUUUUGAUUUGGGGGAACCAGAUCCGCCUUCAGUGACUGCGCUUGCCAUGACCGUCCUGCAGGAUCCUGUCAAUGAUGCACCCGUUUUGGGUGUGUGUUUGGGGGACUACAACGGACACAUCGAAUACUUCGAGUUACUUGUUAGCUCAUCUAGUGAUAAAAAAGGACAACAAGGUAAGUUCAACUCUCAUAGCAGCUGCGAGUUAUGUCGAACCGGCCACACUGGCACGCUGCAUGGUAAGAAUAGUUCGGAAGUAAGCAGCACGGCCAAUUUUGUAGACUCGGAAGCGACGAUGAGUAAUACGCGAACUAUUUGGGGAUAUGAGGUGGUACGACGACACCGGCACAAGGCCUACAUCAAGUCGAUUAACGCCCUCACGUCAGUCGCUGUUGAGCCGUACGUAAAGUGUUUCGCCUUUGUGAACCCGUUGAGCUCCCCAAGUAGGAUAACCUACCUCACCGCGAACGACCGGGUGAUCAAGCUGUUUCACGUCCGUCGGGAGGGCGUUGGCGUGCUUCAUGCAUUUCCUUGUAUGGGUACUGUUCUUGGUGAAUCCUUCUUGAGCACACGAUACUUAGCCCGGACUCAUGGUCAAGCCAAUAUACUCCCGACCAAGGAGUAUGGGCCCCUGGGGAAUAGUAUUCAAUCGUUGAGCGUCUCAGCAGACUGCGAGACGUUUAUGAGUGUUGAAGAUUUACAAGUUUUUUGGUGGCAUUUUGAGGCCUCGGACACAACCAAGCCUACUUGCAUCGUGGAUCUUCGGCCCCGUUCCGGAUUGCUAGAUGAGAUUGAGGAGCUUAUUACAGCGUCCUGUUUUCACCCUACUCAUGGCAGUCUCUUUUUGCUGAGCCGCAGCUCUGGGAUACUCAACGUUGGGGAUCUGCGCCACCCACCUUCACGCGAGACUCGGCAAUAUGCCAUCACAACCCAAAUCACGCCACAGCAGAACCCGACAAGCAGCUCGUCAUACAAUGAGAUCCUUUGCAGCAUAUCCGCAGCGGCCUUUCUGACCCCGGGUCACAUCGUCACACGCGAUUACUUGAGCCUAAAGUUGUGGGAUUUGCGCAAAAUAACCACGCCGUGUGACACGGUCCCUGUGAUGGACUAUGUUGUGCCGUAUCUAGACUCACUCUACCGUAAUGAUUCCAUUUUCGAUCGCUUCCCCGUCUGCAUCGAUGACGUGUCGGGCACCGUGGUUACAGGGCUCUACGAUGGAGCUGUGGCGGUGUGGCAACCGCUCUCGACCGCGCUGAGCUCGACGGAGACGAUGGUGCACUACCGCGUUGACCCAUUUGUCAGUCCUGCUGCGAUGGCCCUCGGGGGGAAGGUUAGCAUGCAAGAGUUGGAGGGAAACUUAGCGUCUGCAUGGGAGCGGUUGUCCCCGCGGCCCGCCGAGGCAGAAGAUCACUGCCCUUCAAGCAGCGAGAUGCUUGGUGGGCCAGAAGGGGGUCUAGACCGGAUACCGGAGCCGUUUACCAAUAAGGUUUUGAGCGUCGCGAUAACCCCUGGUGGUGAGCGCUUCGGAUAUAUGUCUAAAAAUGGCCGAUUGGUCUACAUGUUCGAGCGCGUAGGGAAGGCAAACAGUAAAAGGAAAUAA